UUAUUCAUAUAGUACCUUCACGGGGGUCGUGCUGGAGUUGGUGCUUGCAUAAUGGAAGUGAGCAAUCUCCACACCGACCCGCCGGCGGUUGCUGCAUUGUACCUUCACGGGGACGUGCUAGAGUUGGUGCUGGAGCGCUUGCCGGCGUCAGACUUGUCCGCCGCGGUAGCGGUCUCGCGCGAGUGGCUGCGUGCAGUCCGAUCCGCCCUUCUCCGGCGCCCACGGCGGCUGCCGUGGCUUGUGGUCCACCUCCACGGCUGCCGUCGCCAGACCUUGGCGUAUGAUCCCCGCUCAGGCGUUUGGCUGACCACGCAUUUGCACGCCCCGCGCCACGCCCUGCCGUUGAACCUACGCCUCGUGCGGAGCGCGCGGGGGGACCGUGUCUGCGCGCUUUCCUCGUCAGGCCUUGACAUCGCCGGCGACCCUCUUGGAACUUCCGCGUGCAUCUCCCUGAAGAGUCCCAGUGUGUGGCGUGUCGACCCGGUGUUGGCAGUGGUGGGCGACCGCAUGGUCGCCCUCGGCGGCGCGUGUCAGCUUGCGCUUGCUGAGGGAGAGGUCGUGGCCGCAGCGGAGGUUCAUGAAAGCGGAAAUUGGAUCACUUGUGAUCCUCUGCCGUCGAAGCUCCGGGAGUCCGCCGCAGCAACCUGGCUCUCGGCGGCCGCGACAGAUCAGAGAGUAUACCUCACGGAUAGAACCACCGGGUGGACGAGCUGGUUCGAUCCAUUGAAACGGCGGUGGGGUCCCACACGUUGCCUGAGACCAGACGCCAGCGUUUACACGUGGGGCGUCGCGCCUGGUCGUGCCGGCGCUGAGCGGCUGAUGCUGUUCGGAGCGAAGCGCGACGGCGAGGAAGCAAACAGAGUCGUUGUCCAAGCAUGGGAGGUGCAUGGCGACGUUCUGGAGCUGUCCCCCGGCGCGGCGCACGACGCAAUGCCGAGCGACAUGUCGGAGCGGCUUUUCCCCCGAGACGAAGACGAGGACGACGAGGAGAUGAUGCGAUCGAUCGGGGUGUGCGGCAACGCCACAGGAGGAUACGUGUACAAUGCGGCCGAGCCUGCCAAUGGCGCCGUGCUGUACGAGCUGACGGAGCGGCAGGCCGGGACCGUCGUGGAGCGGUGGGAGUGGGUGCCGUGCGCACCGUCGGUUCACGCCGAGUCACUGCACCGCGCAGUCCAUGCGUGCUCGACGGUGGGAUUGGACGAGCUGCAGCGGGGAUGGGCAGCAGCAGGACAAUCAGCAAGCAAAGCAAGUACGGACGCACACUAAAUCAAUAUGGGUCUGUCCAGAUCUUAGUCGAUUGAUGUCAGCAUUUGUUUUUCUUUUACAAUACCGCCCUCCAUCUUUGUACUGUACUGGCCCGUUGCUUUUUCUUUUCCUUGUGUUGAGGUGGACUCGUCUCUCUCUACUUUUUUCUUCUUUUAUUUUUUCGCUGGACUUGUCUCACAUCUCGCUGCAUAGUUUUUAAGGCUGGUUUGUCUAUUUUUUGGUAUGUUAUCCUUACCAUUACGUCUUUUA